GACGUGUUAUUACCACGUCCAUCUAAGUUUUUUUUUUUUUUGGCGCCAGCUCCAAUCCCUAUUUUCCCUCUCCCUUCCCCUCCCUUCCCCGUCGCAAGCCCACGCGGUUGUCCCCAGCAAAGAGCCAACACGUUUGUCAGAGCCAGCCCCAAAAAACAGUCGACGUCGACGUCACUGCCGUUGUUUCCAUCCCUCACCAACAACAAACAGCAGACCUCUCUCUCUCUGUGUCUCUUUUGCUGAGAGCACAACCAUGCUCUGUUUUCUGGUGUUGGAAACAGAGGUUAUGCUGUGAGUAGGAGAAAGGAAGCAGUGGUGGCAGCCUUUCCGUGGCUGAGUGAAAACUUCUGUAGUGGUGCAACUGGCCGUUGGGUUGAGAGAAAGAAACCAAGAGAGAGAGAGAGAGGAGGCGUGAAGGACGAGCAAUGGCAGUGGUGAAAACUGUGGCUUAUUGCCUUGUGCGAGGGUGGUUGCGGAAGAGAUUCACGGUUUUUCCUCAAGAGCUGGGCUGUACUCGGUUGCUCAUGCUAAAAAAAUAUAUUGGCUCAACUGGACAGAGGGUGUCUAAAACAAAGACUCUCAGUUUGGUCCCAGAGUGCCAUGGUGAUGAGCGGCUGGAGGAGUUGAUUGGAGAGAAGAAACUGAAACAGUUUUCAGUGAAACAUGGACUGGGUCUUGACCUGUUGGUCUCGCAAAGCUUUGGAGGGGGAAGUCGGUGCUCUACUUUAGGUGGUUAAAGAACGAAGGCUUUUGACUGGAGGUGCAGUUCGAUGGUGCUGGUCUUGAUCAACUCUCCAUGCAACAUGUAAGUAUAGUUAUCAAUGGGGGCAGAGAGACUGGGCGACAGGUGGGAGUGAGAAAAAGAAAAGAAAAAGUGAGUUAAAAAAAAUACUUGACACGCCACGUUGUGGGAUCCAUUGUGUCCAAGUACUUUCCAAACUUUUUAAUGCAAACACUUUUUACAAUUUGAAGAACCAAAGAUGCCGUCUAAUGUUUAUAGAUCCGUAGCAUCUGUGUACAGUGUAGAUCCUAAUAUUAAAAAAUAUAAUGAAAUGCAUGAAAAAUAAAGUUUUAAUGAUUUCAUCCACAAAAUGUGCAGAGUUUUUUGUAACGAUCGCUUGGGUAACAGAUUUUAAAGCCUUCUAUGGCUCUCGACCACCCAAAAUAAACCGAAAACAUCAUUGACAAAAAGAGAAUCUCUUAAAGGGAUCAAAACUUUCCGGGUAAAUAACCUUUUUCUUCUCCAUCCAAACACGUGUGAAGCUUUCCUAGCUAGCUUCUUGUACAAACAACUCCAACCCGUCAACAAUUUUCCUCGAUCGGCCGGGGAAGAAAUGUGGAAUGCAUGCAACAAUAAAAGCUCUCAUUGUAACAAUCUAAACAAAGGCUACAAAGGAGAUCAUACAUGCAAAUAAAAUAGGGAGAGAAUUAUACGUACUGGACUUGAUCUGGUGUACUGGUACUGGGACAAGAUCAACACGUUAACGAUCCAUGGCCGCAGCGAUGCCUAAGAAGAUUAGAAAGGCAAUUGGGGCAGUGAAAGACCAAACCAGCAUUAGCCUGGCCAAGGUUUCCAGCACCAACGCUACAAAACUCGAGGUCUUGAUCUUGAGGGCCACAACCCAUGACGAAAUCCCCAUAGACGAGCGCUACGUGAAUGACAUCCUCCAACUCGUUUCCUCCAACAAAGUGUACGCUGCGGCUUGUGCCCAAGCACUAUCAAAACGCAUUGGUAGGACUCGCAAUUGGAUCGUCGCUCUCAAGUCCCUCAUGCUCGUCCUUCGAACUUUCCAAGACGGUGAUCCGCAUUUCCCUAGGGAAGUCCUCCAUGCAAUGAAACGUGGUGCAAAGAUUCUUAACCUUUCUAGCUUCCGGGAUGACUCUAAUUCUAGCCCAUGGGAUUACACUGCCUUUGUCAGAACAUUUGCUCUGUACCUCGAUGAGCGCUUAGAUUGCUUCCUCACCGGGAAGCUUCAACGACGUUUUACGAACAGGUCAACGGAAAGCAGUACCCACCAGAGCAGCCGACUCAUGGCCUCGCCGGUGCGCGACAUGAAACCGGCAAUGCUGCUUGAUAAAAUCUCAUACUGGCAGCGUUUGCUCGAUAGAGCCAUUGGCACAAGACCUACUGGUGCAGCCAAGAGCAAUCGCCUGGUUCUGAAUUCGCUCUAUGCAAUUGUCGUAGAGAGUUUUGAUCUCUACCGUGACAUUUCUGACGGGCUUGCGCUUCUUUUAGACAGUUUCUUUCAUCUGCAAUAUCAUUCCUGCGUGAAAUCCUUUCAAGCUUGUGUUAAAUCCACGAAACAACUGGAGGAGCUUUCUAGUUUCUAUAAUUUGUGCAAGGCAAUUGGGGUAGGUAGGACCUCCGAGUACCCAAGCGUGCAAAAGAUAUCUGACGAGCUUAUUGAAACGUUACAGGAAUUCUUGAAAGAUCAAGCUUCAUUCCCUGGUCCUAAUGGUCGAUCCCCAUUGCAGCUUUCUGCGCUACCUACCAAGGACGACCCUGCUUCGAGUGUUGAUGAGAAAUUGGCUCGCGAUGAUCAAUCAGAAGAAUCAAUGAGGGUUUCAUCUCGGAGAGCACGCCGGUCAGGAUUCAGUUCACGAUGCACAUCCUUGGAGGACCUUAUGAGUCUUACAGAGCCCGGGAAAAGCCUUUUUACGUCGGCUGAGCAAGGGUGUUACUCCGAGGAGCAAUUAGAGAAACAGUCUCCUCGUCUGGAGGAUUUCUUUAGGUCUGGUGAUCGAGAUUACGGCUCAAACCGUUCGUUCUCCCUUGAACAAGGAUCGUAUUCAUGUUUUGACCUCUUGUCUUUAGAUAAUGACUGGCUAAAACACGAAGAGAAGCUAGAACAACAACAGCAACAACUAGGACAUGAAACCUCAGAGACAUCAGAUUUAGAACCGGACCGACAGAGUAAAGGUUGGGAGCUCGUUUUGUUUGAGUCGGCAACUCAACACGAGCAACCUUCUACAAACUUAGCCAAUGGCUUUGAACCCUCUGUUGUGAAGGACAUGUUCAGUCAAGCUUCACAUCCUCAACACCAAUACAAUCCAUUUCUACAAGACGAAGUAGAAGUUCCUGCAAUUUUAGCGAAUGCCCCCGCAUCGGCAACCAAUGAACCAGCAGUUUUUUUGGCGGACAAUACGUUCUCUCUUGCUCCCACGUUUCAUGCAGCAGGACCAACUUUUUGCGUGCAAAUAGAAACAGAGGCAGCACCAACAUUUUGUGCUAAGGAUUUUGAGGAGACGACGACGGUGGCUCCGACAUUUCGUGUACCGAAUUCUACUCAGACGUCGACGGAGGCACCGACUCAUGUUAGUGCAAAUAAUUACGUCCAGAUGUUAGCAGCAGAUCCAAACAAAAGUGACCCUUUUGAGUCGUACUGCCCUGUUGCGAUGGGCGCCAUUCAGAAUAUACCUAAUGGUUCAAUGAAUGAAGAAAGUCUGCUGCACGAACAACGGAUGUGGUUGGAGCACCAGAACAAGAUCAUUGCAAAGCGCAUGAGUUGAUUUUGUGAAAUAGAAGUUCCGGAAGUGAAGUUUGUAAAUUUGUAUUUGAUUGUAGAACGUCAAUAUAUAGUAAUGAAUCUUCUUUAGGAUGCUA